UCCCAAAAGAAAAGUGUGACUUUCCGGUGGGAUUUUAAUCCGUUAAGUGAAAUACAUACAAAGUAUGUUUGGUAUCACAGUGUAGAAAGCUGGUGGUGUAGUUUCAUGUAUUAUGCAGAAGGAAGGUUCCAGAGAACUUUCUUUCGGUCCUGACAGGUUCGUGGAGCUCGGUGGGUUUGACGGUGGGAGGCUUUUCACUGGUUUGUUUGUGGCACCCAUUGGUAGCACCAGAAGUCCAAAACAGACAAUGUCUCAGUCUGAACAGAAAGAAAACGCGGAGAAACCAACGUUAAACUCGGAACACGAACAAAACGGCCUCUUGGUGAACCCGAAAGCGGUUUGUAACGUGUGUAAACGCUUGUACCGGGACCCUAAAAUCCUCCCGUGUCUGCACACCUUCUGCUCCGACUGUAUCGGCCAGCUGGAGCCCUUCUCGGUGUCUUCGCGUAGCCGCCGCGACGUACCGGAAAACGGCAGAGGCGAAGCGCUGGAGGAGGACCGACCCACCGUCACGGUGCUCUGUCCUAAUUGUGACACCGAGGUGGACAUCCCUCCGUCGGGACCGGGAGGACUGACCACCGACCACCUGGCGCUGGAUGACGUAUUCCUGGAGACCCUGGUGACGGACGGCCCCCUGGGAUGCGACCUGUGCGGCGAAGGAGACGCCAAGAGCCGCUGCGAUGUCUGCUGCGUCAACCUGUGCGAGUUCUGCUGCAAGGCGCACAGGCGGCAGAAGAGAACAGCAUCUCACCCUGUCCAGUGUCUGGAGGAGCUUAAGUCUCGUGGUCGUCUGUGCCGCCCCGUCCUCUGCUCCCUCCACCCCGGCCAGGAGCUCCGGCUCUUCUGUCAGCCCUGCGACCUGCCCGUCUGCCUGGAGUGUGCCGCCACGCUGCACCGCGACCACCACUGCUGCCCCACCCGUGAUGUUAUCGAUCGUCAUGGAGACCGCAUCCGAGAGCUGGUCACGGUGCGCCUGCGACCUUGCAUGGAGCGUCUGAAGGACUCACUGCACAAGGUGGAAGUAUCCCAGGAGGCUUUGCAGGCACGGGUGGACGCGACAGCGAACGAGGUGAGGGUGUUUGCAAGAGCCUACGCCAGCGCUGUGGAAGCCCAUUGCCUGUCACUGCUGCACUGCCUGGAGGAGCUCCGUGUCCAGCGCAGGAACCAGCUCCACCUGCAGAGGGCGCAACUGCAGCAGGCUCUGUUGGACGUCGGCGGCGGCGUGGAGUUUGCAGAGAGACUGCUGAGCUGCGGCUCAGACGCUGAGAUCCUCAGCGCCAAAGGAGUGACACUGAGAAGACUGACCAGCCUGGCAAAGAACAGCUACGACCCCAACCCGGCAACCGUCGCCACCGACGACAGCAGCGGCAUCAGCUUCAUGGCCAGGGAGCCGGCGGGGGAUGUGGAGGGCUACCCGGUGGUUGGGGUGAUCAACUCUAAAACAGUGGACCUCAGCAAGUGCACCGUCGAAGGGGAAGGUCUACAGAGGGGCGUGGAGGGGCAGCAGGGCCACUUCGCCCUGGUGUGCCGAGACUCAGCUGGGGAGCAGGUGGCACGAGGUGGAGAGCAUGUCCUGGUCAGCAUCGUUCACAAGGAGAAGAAAAACUGCACAGUGGAGACGACUGUGGUUGACAACAGCGAUGGAUCCUACAGAGUUUCAUACACGCCUGAAGAGCCAGGAACCUACUCGGUGUGGGUUUGUGUCAAAGCUCAACAUGUCAAGGGCUCUCCGUUUCUUCUGAAUGUGAAGAGGAAGUUGAGGCUUCACAGCGGGACGUUUCACUGCUGCUCUUUCUGCUCCAGUGGAGGAGCCAAAGAGGCUCGCUGUGGCUGCGCGGGAACCAUGCCAGGAGGAUUUAAAGGUUGCGGUCACGGUCAUAAAGGACACCCCGGGAAGCCCCACUGGUCUUGUUGCGGCAGCACCGCGGAGCAGUCCGAGUGUUUGCCCCAGAGCGUGUUGGCUGCAGUUUCCCCCCGCGGCCACCUGCGGACCGUGGAGCUCUGAGGCGACGCGGAGGCGAGACCUGUCCCAGAUGACGGAAGGUAAUAAAGGGCGGCGGCAACCAAAAGGUCAGAGCGGAGGGGGAGUACGCUUCUGCUUGUUGUUGGCGGUAAAUCUUGAAAAGGUCAGACGAGGAAAGCUCUAAAGACGCAGUGACUGAUGCGAGACACCAACGUGGCUGUGUCUCGAGAGCCUCUGCCAAACGUUGGCCUGGUUGUGGAACGGUAGCCAGCUCACCAUUACAGACAAACGCCAAAGUGUGGGCUAAAGGCUCUGAAUCUCUGUGGCAAAAGUACCGUUUGUGUCUUAAGCUCUGGUUGCCUGUGACAAGAUGGAGGAGAAAGAAAAUGAAAAGCUCCACUCACAGCAGCACGUGUCUGCUGCUCCUGAAUCAAAUGUGUUAAAAGCCUCGCUGAAGGGCGAAUCUAUCUCUCGGAGAAGAGAUAGUGCUGCUGCUUUAUUCACCCACCAUCCUACGCUCUCAAGCUGAUUUUCUUUUUCAACCUUGAAGCUGCUGUCGAUUUCAAAAGGUGCUGAAAUCAGUGUUUUAUAUCUUAAAUGUGAAAACUUGUUCAAAUAGAACCAUUAAGAGUCACCAGACCGUUGAACUUGAAUACUUUUGUGUGUUUUGGAUCCUUUAGUCAAGGGUUUUUCCCAGUAAAUACCAAAGAAAUCAAUGUACAAUUAUUACUCUAUUAUUUCUUUAUGCUCACUUCAGGUAAUGACUUUUUUUGGAACAAUAAUCACAGAAUAUUCUCGAGGAAAAAGUAUUGUGUUAUAUUGAAGUAUUGGCACCAGGUACAUACUGUUUACUGUUUUUGUAAGCAGGGUUUUAAAUUAAUAUUUUUGAUCACCAGCCAACAUGGCUAGUAUGUUUUUAAAGUAACCAGCCAAUCAGAUGUUACACUUUUUUCCUAACUAACUACACUGCUUUUAUUUCAGUUCCUCUGGUUUGUUUUGCGCCAUUCCCGUUCAUCUUCUCCGUUUCGGUUUCAGCGUAGCUCAUAAUCAGUACUGCACGCUAGGCAUGUAGCCAACUGUUGACACAGUGUUCAUGGGAAAUGUAGUAUUUGUACUACAUCAGUACUUCAUCACCGGCCAAAUUGUUCAUUUUUUUACCCGCAUUUGGCGGGUUGGCAGGUCUCAAUUUAAAGCCAUGUUUGUAAGUAUAUAAUAAAUACCAAAUUAUGGAUAAUUACCCGCCAGAUUUUGCCAUAUACUCUCAAAUAAAUACCAUUUAAUACUAUUUAAUGUGCCUAAUAUAAUGUUAUUUCAUGGUACAUUUGGUUUAAAAAAUGGAUAUUGGUACAUAAAAAAUACAACUCAAUGAUAAUACUCCAUUGAUGAGUUGAUGCCUGUAUUGUGGUGCCACACACUGUUUUUAAAAGUCAUGGUUUUUUCAUUUUUCUAGCUUCCUGUUUGUGAAUAUUUGUGUUUCCCCUGUGUCAUUAUCCGAUGUGAGUCGAGUGCAGAUGCGAGUUGCGCAUGCGCCACUUUGCGACAGACGCAGAUCUGUUUUGCGGUUAGCCACAGAAUAAUGAGAUGGGUACAUUACAUAGCAGUAAUGUAUUAUUUAGCGUGAGGCAUCACAUUUUCACGGGAUGAUCCCUGAUGUCAGUUCUAGAUUAGAGGCUGCAGUAGCCUACAAGAACCUGCUAACGAGAGACUUCUGUAAUGUCAAUACAAUAAAAAUGGACCUACGUAACGAAGUUCGUUCACUGCUGGCUACAAGUUAGCAAUCA